UUCGCUCCACCCGGAACCGCAUUUAGACGUCCUCCAGGCGCACCACAACCUCGUCCUGUGCCGCUCAUUAACAUUGACGACGAUGAUGACUUUGUCGAUCCUCCAGUUGAUCGCAGCUCAGACACCGAGGGUCCUGCUACACAAUCCGCCAUAAUCCCUACCGCAUUUACCAAAGGUGGGAGGAACCUCGACUCCUCUCCCAACCGCGUUCAAGAGAGCGGAAUGGAAAGUGCUUAUGGAGGUGUCUCGAGGAACAAGCCCCAACCACAACAACGCCAAAAUGCCCCUUCGCGUGCCCAGCCUGUUGAUGAUAUGUCAAUCAACGAUAUCUUUGAUGUUGCGGAUCAGAUAAAGGUGGAGCGGAUGUUGGUUGUUUUGCCUGGUCGAUCUGUACGUGUGCUGUACAAGGCUUGGCAGGAGUCCCAUCGUAACUUUGACGAUGCCGUUGAUAAGGUCCUCCGCAUGGAAGGUAAUGGUGGCGACAUGGAUGUUGUUGAUCUCACUAGCUCAGACAUUGAGAGCAAUGCUGCAAAGCCUAGUGCUCAACCUCGACCCGCCGCCAAACAACAAGUCAAAGCACCAACACGAACUAUUGCCGACAAAUACUCGACCAAACCCAAACCAACCACUACAACCGAAUCGUCAGAUGCUGCAAAGCCCAGAAGACGCUUGAUGCAAGGUCGCAAGAACCCUGUAUCUCCCAUCGGCUCUCCUUCACCCACCAAACCCGUUGAAGCCGCACCGAAGAAGCGUGCUGUUAUUAUCGACUCAGACGAUUCUGAUGCUGAGUCUGGUAAAGAGUCAGAAGAAGAAGACACAAGCGACUUCGAUGGUCGUCUCCUCAAGUUCUUCAACACGUGCAGUGCUCAGGAUCUGGCCGAUAUGUCCAACGAGAAACUUGAGGUUGCUCAGUUCAUAUUGUCCAAGAAGCCCUUCCGCAGUCUGGAUACUAUCAGAAACAUUUCCGAUGCUGCUCCCCUGAAGUCAGGCAAGAAGUCUACUAAGAAAGCCAUUGGAGACAAGGUUCUGGAUGUAUGCGAAGGAAUGUACAAAGGAUAUGAAGCUGUUGAUGAGUUGGUCGAGAAAUGCGACAAUCUCGGUAAACCCAUCGCCGAUACAAUGAAGCAAUGGGGUAUCGACAUCGCUGCCGCUGCCAAGGACGGUGAACUCGCUCUUACCUCGCUGGAAGACACACAGCAUGAUUCUGGCAUUGGCACUCCCGCCAGCUCUACUGGCGUUGUCGAUAACGACGAUGAUGACGAUGAUAUAGUCAAGCCGAAAACCUCAAGACCCAACAAGCUCAAGAAGAACAUUUUCUUGAAGCAGCCGGCAAACAUGAGCACUGAUCUUGUGAUGAAGGAUUAUCAGCUGUUUGGUCUGAACUGGCUCAAUUUGCUCUGGUCUAAGAAACUGAGCUGUAUCCUUGCGGAUGAUAUGGGUCUGGGCAAGACUUGUCAGGUUAUCGCCUUCCUCGCUCAUCUCAAGCAGACCGAGAUUCCUGGUGUUCAUCUUGUCGUGGUUCCUGGUUCAACUUUGGAAAACUGGAUUAGAGAGUUGAACAGAUUCUGUCCUGCUCUGAAUGUCGCUCCUUACUACGGCUCGCAAGCCGAAAGAGAGGAACAGCGCUACGACUACGGUUCACGCCUGGACGAGAUUGAUGUUAUCGUAACUACCUACGAGACGGCUGUUGGAAAGUACGAUACAGACUUCUUGCGCAAGACUGUACGCCCUGUAGUAUGCGUUUUCGACGAGGGUCACGCUCUGAAGAAUAGCCAGUCCAAGAGACAUCAACAGCUGAUGCGCAUUCCUGCUGAAUUCCGCCUUCUUUUGACUGGUACGCCGCUACAAAACAACUUGCAAGAACUUGCCUCGCUGCUUUCGUUCAUCCUUCCCAGUCUCUUCAAUUCUCGAAGAGAGGAUCUGGAUAACAUUUUCAAGUACAAGGCCACUACAAAGGAUGCUGAUCACGCAGCUCUGCUCUCAGCACAACGUAUUGCACGAGCUCGAUCCAUGAUGACACCGUUCAUCCUUCGCCGAAAGAAGCAGCAAGUCCUUAAGCACAUGCCCGCAAAGCACCGUCGUGUCGAAUACUGCGACAUGCUGCCAGAGCAACGCGAUGUAUAUAACGAGAUGGUCAAGCAAGCCGUGGAUGCCCGCACACAACCCAAGAAGGGUGGUGCUAAGGCUGUAAAGACCGCUCAGGAGAUGACCGCACUGCGCUUUGCGGCUCUACACCCUCUCCUGUUAAGACGUAAAUAUAGCGAUAAAGAGCUCGAGAAGUUGGCAAAGGCUCUCCAACGAUCUGAGGAAUAUGGCGACAACAAGCCAGACCUCAUCUGGAGGAUGCUUACAGAGCAGACCAAAGGUGGCGACUUUGGUAUGCACCGCUUCUGUCUCGACUACGACUUCCUGAACAAGUACAUCCUGCGCAACAAUGAGUGGAUGAACAGUGGUAAGAUCAACAAGUUGCAGGAGCUGCUUGAGGGAUAUAUCAAGAAUGGCGACCGCACUCUGAUCUUUUCUCAAUUCACGACCAUGAUGGAUAUCCUGGAAGCCGUGCUUGAGACUUUGUCAAUCAAGUUCAUGCGUCUGGACGGUAGUACCCCCAUGGCGACUCGACAGGAUAUAAUCGAUCAGUUCACCACUGAUACCUCAAUUCCCGUGUUUAUGCUGAGUACCAAGGCUGGUGGUGCAGGUAUCAACUUGGCAUGUGCCAACAAGGUCGUCAUUCUCGACUCUGGAUUCAAUCCUCAGGAUGACAUCCAAGCAGAGAACCGUGCUCAUCGUGUCGGUCAGACUCGCGAUGUUGAAGUCGUUCGCCUGGUCACUCGCGGCACAAUCGAGGAGCAGAUUCACGCUCUCGGAGAGUCCAAGCUCGCACUCGAUGAUCGUGUUGCCGGCGCUGCGGAAGAUGCUGCCGCCGAGAAGAAACUCGAGGCUGAUGCAGCACUUGCCGUUGAAGACAUGUUCUUCAAGCACCUGGAA